CGAUUAAUCAUUCGACCCAUAGAUUCCAUCGUCACAGCAAUUAGCUUGGAGAUCUAUACCACAAUGAAACUUUUUAUAGCGUGCAUCUUUAUUGCCGCCGCGACGGCUGCAGUGAUUCCUGUCGAACAAGCCAGGCACCGUCGCGACGUCUCCGAGAUCGUGGGCGAGUACCUCCCGCCGGCGGACGCAGUUGCUCCUGGAGCUCCUCUUGAUGAGAUCGCCCCAUUGCAAGACUCCGCCGCUGUGGGAGAAGAUGGAUACCGCUACAAGACCGUGCGCCGAUUGAAGUACCGCCAGCGCCGGGAUGUCUCCGAGAUUGCCAAUGACUACCUGCCCCCCACUGAGGAGGUUGUUGCCGACGCUCCAGUGGAGGAAGUUCCCGUCGAAGAGGCCAGCCAGGAUUCUGCCGUUCUUGCUGCUGAUGGUUACAAGUACAAGACUGUCCGUCGUCUGAAGUACCGCCAGCGUCGUGAUGUCUCCGAGAUCGCCAAUGAGUACCUGCCCCCAUCUGAGGAGGUUGUUGCCGACGCUCCUGUUGAGGAAGUUCCCGUCGAAGAGGCCAGCCAGGAUUCUGCCGUUCUUGCUGCUGAUGGUUACAAGUACAAGACUGUCCGUCGUCUGAAGUACCGCCAGCGUCGUGAUGUCUCCGAGAUCGCCAACGAGUACCUGCCCCCAUCUGAGGAGGUUGUUGCCGACGCUCCAGUGGAGGAAGUUCCCGUCGAAGAGGCCAGCCAGGAUUCUGCCGUUCUUGCUGCUGAUGGUUACAAGUACAAGACUGUCCGUCGUCUGAAGUACCGCCAGCGUCGUGAUGUCUCCGAGAUCGCCAACGAGUACCUGCCCCCAUCUGAGGAGGUUGCCACCGAGGCUCCUAUUGAUGAAGCUCCCGUUGAAGAAGCUAGCCAGGAUUCCGCUGUUCUUGCUGCCGAUGGUUACCAAUACAAGACUGUCCGUCGUCUGAAGUACCGUCAACGCCGUGAUGUCUCCGAGAUCGCCAACGAUUACCUGCCCCCAUCUGAGGAGGUUGUUGCCGACGCUCCUGUUGAGGAAGUUCCCGUCGAAGAGGCCAGCCAGGAUUCUGCCGUUCUUGCUGCUGAUGGUUACAAGUACAAGACUGUCCGUCGUCUGAAAUACCGCCAGCGUCGUGAUGUCUCCGAGAUCGCCAAUGAGUACCUGCCCCCAUCUGAGGAGGUUGCCACCGAGGCUCCUAUUGAUGAAGCUCCCGUUGAAGAAGCUAGCCAGGAUUCCGCUGUUCUUGCUGCCGAUGGUUACCAAUACAAGACUGUCCGUCGUCUGAAGUACCGUCAACGCCGUGAUGUCUCCGAGAUCGCCAACGAUUACCUGCCCCCAUCUGAGGAGGUUGUUGCCGACGCUCCUGUUGAGGAAGUUCCCGUCGAAGAGGCCAGCCAGGAUUCUGCCGUUCUUGCUGCUGAUGGUUACAAGUACAAGACUGUCCGUCGUCUGAAAUACCGUCAACGCCGUGAUGUCUCCGAGAUCGCCAAUGAGUACCUGCCCCCAUCUGAGGAGGUUGCCACCGAGGCUCAUAUUGAUGAAGCUCCCGUUGAAGAAGCUAGCCAGGAUUCCGCUGUUCUUGCUGCCGAUGGUUACCAAUACAAGACUGUCCGUCGUCUGAAGUACCGUCAACGCCGUGAUGUCUCCGAGAUCGCCAACGAUUACCUGCCCCCAUCUGAGGAGGUUGUUGCUGACGCUCCUGUUGAGGAAGUUCCCGUCGAAGAGGCCAGCCAGGACUCUGCCGUUCUUGCUGCUGAUGGUUACAAGUACAAGACUGUCCGUCGUCUGAAAUACCGCCAGCGUCGUGAUGUCUCCGAGAUCGCCAAUGAGUACCUGCCCCCAUCUGAGGAGGUUGCCACCGAGGCUCCCAUUGAUGAAGCUCCCGUUGAAGAAGCUAGCCAGGAUUCAGCUGUUCUUGCUGCCGAUGGUUACCAAUACAAGACUGUCCGUCGUCUGAAGUACCGUCAACGCCGUGAUGUCUCCGAGAUCGCCAACGAGUACCUGCCCCCCACUGAGGAUGUUGUUGCCGACGCUCCUGUUGAGGAAGUUCCCGUCGAAGAGGCCAGCCAGGAUUCUGCCGUUCUUGCUGCUGAUGGUUACAAGUACAAGACUGUCCGUCGUCUAAAGUACCGCCAGCGUCGUGAUGUCUCCGAGAUCGCCAACGAGUACCUGCCCCCAUCUGAGGAGGUUGCCACCGAGGCUCCCAUUGAUGAAGCUCCCGUUGAAGAAGCUAGCCAGGAUUCAGCUGUUCUUGCUGCCGAUGGUUACCAAUACAAGACUGUCCGUCGUCUUAAGUACCGUCAACGCCGUGAUGUCUCCGAGAUCGCUAACGAGUACCUGCCCCCUUCUGAGGAAGUUGUUGCCGAUGCUCCUGUCGAGGAAGCUCCCGUUGAAGAAGCUAGCCAGGAUUCCGCUGUUCUUGCUGCCGAUGGUUACCAAUACAAGACUGUCCGCCGCCUGAAGCUGCGUCACCGCCGUGCUCUGUAAGCUGGAAUGCCUGUGGCAGUGCCUUCUUUCGAAUUUGUACCUGAUCUACCCGCUCACGAUUGUAGCACCCACCAACCUACUAGGACAUAAGUUUUUCUAUUAUUUAACGAUUGAAAUCAGCGAAUAAAUCCAACAAAAAUUGUUAUACCAUAA